AUGCAUACAAGAGCUAUUAACACAAACAGUCAAGGGGAGUUCACUGGGGCCCUUCCACGGGCAGUGGCGCCUCCAGGGCCCCUCCCAGAGGCGGUGGGCUCUCCAAGGGGACCUCCCAGAGGCGGCGGUGCUCAAAGGCACCCACCAAGGGGUGGCGGCACCCUUAGGGGCCCUCCCAAGGCGGCGACGCCCCCAAGGGCUUUCCUUAGGGGUGGGAGUGACCCCAGGGCCCAGCCAGAGACAGUUGCGCCCCAAGGGCCCUCUCAGGGGCGACGGCGCCUCCAGGGGCUCUCCAUAGCGGCAGCGGCGCCAUCCACGGGCCCUCCAAGGGGCGGUGGUGCCCCAGGAGCCUUCACAAGGGCGGCGGUGACCCCAAAGGACCUCUCAGGGGCGGCGACGCCCUAG